GGGGCGCCACUUCCGGUUCCCGUGGUCACGUGACCGUCAUUCCACGUGACCGCGCGGCGCUGCGGCGCGAUGGCGGCGGGGCUGGUGCGGGUGCUGUUGUUCCUCGGGCUCUCGGCCCGCGGCCCCGCGCCGGCAGGUGCCGCGAAGAUGAAGGUGGUGGAGGAGCCCAACACGUUCGGGGUGAACAACCCGUUCUUGCCCCAGGCCAGUCGCCUCCAGGCCAAGAGGGAUCCUUCACCCGUGUCUGGAGGCUGCACCCCAGCCAGUGGGAGCCCCCUGAAGCUGUGGAAGCGCCCAGGCAGAGGCCUUCUCCCAGCUGGGGAGCCAGGCCAGGCCCUGCCGCCCUCACGCAGCCCUGUUUGGACGGAUGGCCCUGCAGGGCCGGCGCAUCUCUUCCGACUCGCGGGCAAGUGCUUCAGCCUGGUGGAGUCCACGUACAAGUACGAGUUCUGCCCAUUCCACAACGUGACCCAGCAUGAGCAGACCUUCCGCUGGAACGCCUACAGCGGGGUCCUCGGCAUCUGGCACGAGUGGGAGAUCGCCAACAACACCUUCACGGGCAUGUGGAUGAGGGAUGGUGACGCCUGCCGUUCCCGGAGCCGGCAGAGCAAGGUGGAGCUGGCAUGUGGAAAAAGCAACCGGCUGGCCCACGUGUCCGAGCCGAGCACCUGUGUCUAUGCACUGACAUUCGAGACCCCCCUCGUCUGCCACCCCCACGCCUUGCUAGUGUACCCGACCCUGCCAGAGGCCCUGCAGCGGCGGUGGGACCAGGUGGAGCAGGACCUGGCCGACAAGCUGAUCACCGCCCAGGGCCAUGAGAAGUUGCUGCGGACACUUUUUGAGGAUGCUGGCUACUUAAAGGCCCCAGAAGAAAACGAACCCACCCAGCUGGAGGGAGGUCCUGACAGCUUGGGGUUUGAGACCCUGGAAAACUGCAGAAAGGCUCAUAAAGAACUGUCAAAGGAGAUCAAAAGGCUAAAAGGUUUGCUCACCCAGCACGGCAUCCCCUAUGUGAGGCCCACAGAAACUUCUAGCUUGGAGCACUUGGGGCACAAGACACCCAGAGCCAAGCCUCCAGAGCAGCUGCGGGGUGACCCAGGACUGCGUGGGAGUUUGUGACCCUAUGGUGGGAAGCAGAGGUGGACACGGCCGAGCGCCCUGGAGAUUGGCUGGUAGGACCCCCAGGGACCAGCUGGCCAGGCUUGUGCUCAGAGAAGCAGACAAAACAAAGAUUCAAGGUUUUAAUUAAUUCCCAUACUGAUAAAAAUAAUUCCAUGAAUUCUGUAAACCAUUGCAUAAAUGCUAUAGUGUAAAAAAAUUUAACAAGUGUUGUUAACUUUAAACAGUUCACUACAAGUAAAUGAUUAUAAAUCCUA